AUGGGCUGGAUGUUAUGGAUUCUCAUCCUGGCCAUUGCGCUCGGUGGCUCCAUCGAGUCCAUUGCCCACGAUGUGCGCCGCGCCGUACGCUCGUUGCGCAAGCCCAACUUCGUGAAGCUGCAUUGGUUCUACAUCAUCGUGUGCUGUGGUUUGUGCUGGCUAACUAUUGGCCUCAACGGUGGCAUGUCUGCUGUUGACUCUCUCGUCAUGGCUGUCAGCGCCUGCACCACCACUGGACUUAAUGUGGUGGACUUGAAGUCUUUGCCAACUUGGCGACAAUGGGCCCUGUACAUGUUCCCGAUCAUCACAUCCCAGAACUUUGGGUUCGCUACGAUCGUUGUUGAACGGCUUCGGCGCAUCAGGAAGGAGUUCAUCGACUUUGCUCGCCGGCUUCGCUCACUGCCUCCGACACCAGCCACGCCAACGGCAUCGACAACAGCAAGCCGUCGGCAGUCCUUACUGGAUGAGAACGCCGGCGAAUAUGAGCUCUCUGUGCUCGGAAGAGCUGCUUCACACGACGCUCCUGCAACCGGCGAGACAGGCCCUUCCCUUCAUGAGCCGCAGUCGCAAGUGGAAGAUGGACACUCUCCCGUUGAGCCCGCGCCCGCGCCCUUGACCAGCAGUGCUGGUAUUGCGCGAUCUCAAGUGCAAGAAAGCCGGCCUGGCGUUGGCUCUGCGGCCUCCAUCAGCACCACCGGUUCCCGUAACGACAGCAGCGCUUCCGCGAGCAAUGCAGUUCACGCAGCUCAGCGAGCAGGCUCUCAUCAUGACGAUGCAGAACCUUUCCUUGACGAACACGUUCACUGGGCGCAAGACUUCGCCAAUGAGGCGCAUCAUAGUCGUUCAAAUUCUCACGAAUCCAGCCGAUCUACGCAGCCUGCUGAGCGUACAGACGGCAUGGAGACGCUCGCUCGCGUGGACUCGCGCAGAAGAAGCCAUACCCACGUCACUAGAGCCGCAGAGAGGAUUGAGCACAUUGCAUCGAUCAUGUUCGUUCCAGGACCUCCGACAGCGCAUUCUCACCCAAGAUCUCCUGCUUCUCUCGCAGAUGUGGUCUCCUCAAGAGCGAAUAACGCGGAGAUCAGAGCGUUGCGCGCGAAAGCGGGAAUGUGGUGGCAUCUUUGCGGAACGGAGGAACGUGCUCUUGUCCUGCUAUUCGUACUUCUCAUUGUCGCCGCAGCGUAUCCACUCCUGUGGUUUUUCAUUGGGUUCUUCGGCCUCCUCAUCUGGAUCCAUCUGGCAGACGCAAAGUACGCAGACUAUCUGGCUUCGCAAGGCGUUGGCAAAGCCUGGUGGGCAGCCUAUACUACGGUAUCGAUGUUCACCAACCUGGGCAUGACCCUCACACCGGAUUCGAUGAUACACUUCGCCGACGCCCCCGCCCCGAUUUUGCUCAUGACGUUCUUGCAGUAUGCAGGUAACACUAUGUAUCCCGUAUUCUUGCGCUUCCUCAUCUGGAUAAUUUGGAAGAGCUGGUCUAAGGAUCAUUCAUGGCGGGAAGCGGUCAACUACUUGCUACAGCAUCCUCGCCACUGCUGUCUGCUGCUUUUCCCGGCGAAGCAAACCUGGAUUCUUUUCGGCAUAGGGCUUGGACUCAACUUCUUCGAAGCGCUCGCCACUGGACUCGCCAAUUGGAAGCGUCCGGUCCUCACUGAGUUUCCCGUUGGUCUCGACAAGACCGAAGCGCUCCCUGUAGGAGACCAAGUUCUCGCCACCAACUUUCAAGCCGUGAACACGAGACAUACUGGAGCAGCUGUUCUCAAUAACGUGCAUGGGCCCGGUGUUGUGACGAGUUCCGAGGGGUCGCAGAACGAGGAGUCGCAGAACGACGACUCGCAAAGCAACAAGUCAGGCAAGUUCGGAUCGAGUCGCGUUCGCGAGCUCUUCAAGGACCAGCUGGGCUUUGACAUGUGGUGUCUCACUCUGGGCACUCUGAUCAUUCUCUUCAUCGAAGGCGAUCGCGUCGAAAAGGACCCGGAUGUCACCAUCUUCAGUAUCAUGUUUGAGGUCGUCAGCGCGUACGGCAACGUCGGGUUGAGCUUAGGCUACACGGGAACCAGUACGAGUCUUUGCACUCAGUUCAAGCCCGCCAGCAAGGUCAUCUUCUGCGCUCUGAUGAUUCAAGGCAGACAUCGCGGAAUGCCAGACCCCCUGGAUCGUGCGAUGACUGUUCCUGCCGAGAAGUUGGUGAACGAGGCUUUGGCCCGGGAAGCUGAGCAUGCUAACCCUGCCACGGUUUGA